ACCACUUUUGUGCCGUGGGUUUGGCGCGGCGGGAUUUGUAUUCUAAGAAUGGCUUCAAAAAGAACCAGCAGGACCAAGAAGUUUAGGAAGAACAACUCUUCUUUCAACUUCCGAACCCUAAUUUCCUCUAUUUCUUCUCCUCAGGGUCUAAAACCAGAAACACUGGAAGGCUUGUAUUUGCUACUGCUUACUUUAAGCUGCUCUGAUCCCGAAUGCAAUUUGAAUACCUCGGAAACCGAGUUCAAUUCCAACGAUUUCAAACUCAAAUUCAAGGAUACCCGUGAACUCUCAGAUGUCUUACUCCACAAACUCAAUGCCAAGUUCAAUGAAUUAUUCUCUGCUUUGAAUGAUGUUGUCCCCUACCCGGUUCAUUCCCACUGUAUUUUCCAUGUCAAUGUUGAAGCUUCCAUUAAAGAACUAACUUUGCUUCUGAGAUGCUGCAUUGUUGUUUUCAAACUACUUGUUUUGGACCAGAAGCUUCUUGUCGAAAAAGGUCGAAUUCUUUUGGGGAUACUAAGGAAAUGCGUUUCAGUGAAGUUAAAGGGAGGGAAUGAGAAACCUUAUAAUAGUUUCGAAAAGGAGGUUUCGCGCAAAUGUAUGUAUGUCGAUAAUGGUGGCACUACUGUCCACGCUGAGCACUUGGUUACUUCCUUAACUUCCUUAAGUUUCGCGGAACUUUCUAAUCCAUUUCAUGCCAUUUUAUGUGCUGUGCUUGAGGUAUUUGCAGACGAGCUUCUGAUGCAUGAAUCAGUGAGGCAGUACCUUGUGAUUGUUGACUCUCUCUCUUGUGGGAAUGAGUUUGUAUUCACACGUUACUUUGGCCAUGGUAAUAUUGGAAGUGUGCUGGAGGUUCUUUCUGCUCACUUUGUAGUCUCCCUUUCUGAUGACCAAGCAUUUAAGAAUUUCCUUGAUAGAUUAUUUUGGCUUCCUAACAAUAACUUCAGAGUUCCAGAAAUGACUUUAACUACAGCCUUGUCAUUGUUUCUUAACCCCAUCCUGUUGUCCGCGCCCAAAAUGUUUCAGGCAUAUCUGAUUUUAUUGGUUUCCGAAGUCAUUGGAAUUAGCAUGUCUUCUGAGCAUUUGAUUCCAAGCAGUGAACUAAGAGCAUACCUAUCAGCAUUUGAAAGGUCAGUUGCCUUGUACACCAGACACAUGUCCAAUAUGCACACGGAAGGAUACCCCAUAGCAGGUGAUGAUUCUUUUGUGAAAUCACAUUUUCGUGCAAGUUACAGUCAGAUGGAUUUUGAAUCUUGUCUUUUGCCAGCUACGAAAGAGAAAAUUCAUUAUCUGAUCGCUAAAUCUGAUAAUUCAUGGAAUUCUUAUUUAAGCAGUACUUUACUAAAAGAAAGGUCUGAGCUAGUUGCUGCUUCUGUUGCAUACACAAAAGAGAGCCUUAAUGUUGUUGAGGAAUCCACUAGAGAUGACAUUCUAUCAAUCAUAAGCUGUAUAACGCUCCAGGGUUCUUCUGAUGAUGUUGAUGACACUAUACUGCAUAAAAAGGAAGAUACUAGUCCGCAACAUAUUUGUCUUCUCGCAUCUAUACUGAAGCUAAUGAGUUCUGCUAUGUUACAAGCCAUAAGGAUUUUAACACAAGGCAGAAAUUCAGGGUCUUUGAAAACAUCAGAAAAUGUUGCAUUAAGUAAGGAGUAUGAUUUUUUGGUGGCUACUUUCAAUUGUUUCCAGCAGUUUGGUAUACGCUUACCAGUUCAGAAGUUCUUACAUGACAUGAUGGAAAUUCAGCCAACAAGGCAUAAGAAGUCAAAAUGGAUGUUCUUUCAUUUCUCAGGCCUGUUGUCACUAAGUUAUGCUAGUGGGCUUGAUUUUCUGGUUAAGAACUGCAUAUUUACAUUGUUAAUACUGUUGAAAUUAUUUGUUCAUGAAGCGGGUGAUCUCCAUGCAUUUCGAUCCUUAUUAGACUCAAGGGUAAAAUCUUCAUCACAGAAAUCUCCUGUUACAGUCGGAAAAUCUGAACCCUCCCAUAAUGCUAGAGAGGUUCUAGUGGAUCGGAAAUCUAGCUACGCUGUUGCACUAAAAUUUCAGAAAAUACGGACACUGUACUUGGGAACUAGAUCUCAAACAAGUUCUAAAAAUAGAGCUCAAGAGCAGGAACCAGGAAGUUCAGAGAAAAAUCACGUUGAGUCAGCUCUCAGCAUAGAAGAGACUACUGGGGAAACUUGCAAUGGUGAGAUUUUUCUCAGAUGUGUUUUACAAGGCUCCCAGGACUCAUCUUCUGUUGCGGAUUUAGCCGACUUCAUCGAGUGCAAAAAAGGAAAAGAUUAUUCUGAAUGGAUGAAGGAUCGAGAUAAAUUUAGACGAUGGAAAUCCGAGAAAUUGGAAAACUUCAGGUGGAAGAAAAGGAGAAGAGCUUUUCAGAAGAAAGCGUAGUUACUUCUGCUUGGCUUAAGGGCUUAAUGCCAUAAAAUGGGGAUUCAGAGCAGAUGAACUCAUUAUCUUCUUUUAUGGAAAAAUUAUGUCCAUUGUAUAUUUUUAUGCUUAUGAAGAGAAUGCUAGGAUUAAGUAUUAAAUACU